AUGUUCGUGCUCUGCACCGAUCCGUCUGUCUACUUCUCCCACCAGUACGACACAGAGCACUCGAAAGGGUACCAUCUCCAUACCGGGGAUCCCAAUUUGGACAUGGAGAACGAGAGAAAGGCAUUCGCCCAAUAUAUCCCAGAUGUGGUCAAGAACUUUGUCCAGUAUUUCUACAAGGCCUUCUUGGCCAACAAUCUGUAUGAAAUACAGAACAUAUAUGAGAACAGCUACCCACAGAUGACCGAUGAGUAUUUCAAGUCUACACCAUGGCCAGAAGCAGAGGAUAUUGCCAUGUAUGUGGAAGAGAACGAAGAGUUCUUGGUGCUUUAUCAAGAGCUGUUCUAUCGCCACAUCUAUGCAAAGGUGCCCGGGGCUCUAGACAUCGGCCAGCGCAUGGGGUCCUACCGUAACUACUGUCACCUCUUCAAUCUCAUCCUCAGUGCUGAGCACCCAUACCCAUUGGAACUCCCCAAUCAGUGGCUCUGGGAUAUCAUCGACGAGUUCAUCUACCAGUUCCAGUCAUGGUGUCAGUUCCGCUCUCGCAUCCAGAAGAAGAGCAAAGAGGAACUGGAAAAGCUGGCAAAGCACAGGAAUCUCUGGAACGUUCAUUCUGUGCUCAACGUCCUCCACUCCCUGGUCGAGAAGAGCAACAUCAAUCAACAACUGGAGGCAUACUCCAAAGCGGGGGAUCCCGACGCAGUGGCAGGGGAGUUUGGCCGGCACUCCCUCUACAAGAUGCUGGGGUAUUUCAGUCUCAUUGGUCUCCUGCGCCUUCAUUCACUCCUUGGAGAUUAUCAUCAGGCUAUCAAGGUCCUGGAGAAUAUUGAACUCAACAAGAAGAGCAUGUACUCCCGCGUCCCUGCGUGCCAGGUGACGACGUACUACUACGUGGGAUUUGCAUACAUGAUGAUGCGUCGCUAUGCAGACGCAAUCCGCACCUUCUCCAACAUCCUUCUGUACAUCCAGCGUACCCGCCAGAUGUUCCAGAGCAAGAGCUAUCAGAAUGACCUCAUCAACAAGCAGACAGAGCAGAUGUACAUCCUCCUGGGGAUGUGUCUGGUCCUGCACCCCCAGCGCAUCGACGAGUCGGUCAUGGGGGUGCUGCGGGAGAAGCCCUUCGCCGACAAGAUGGCCAAGAUGCAGAAAGGGGAUGUCCAGGAAUUUGGAAGCAACUUCUCCUUCGCGUGUCCAAAAUUCCUGUCCCCCGUCGCGCCAUCAUACGACGGGCUCAACGAGCCCCUCGGGAACCUGGACAAGGAGCCGUUGAACCUGCAGCUGAAGGUGUUCAUGGACGAGGUCCAGCAGCAGUUCCUCAUCCCCACGAUCCGGAGCUACCUGAAGCUCUACACGACGAUACCGGUGGCGAAGAUAGCGGCUUUCCUGGACAUGAGCGAGGAGGACUUCGUCACGCAUCUCCUCUGCUUCAAACACAAGAUGAUGAAUGUGGUGUGGACCAAGGGGAUCUCGGGGCUGGAUGGGGAGUUCCUCAGUGGCUCUGAGGUGGAUUUUUACGUCGACAAGGACAUGCUGCACAUUGCAGACACGAAGGUCGCUCGGAGGUACGGGGACUUCUUCAUCCGCCAGAUCCACAAGUUUCAGGAACUGAAUCGAACCCUCAAAAAUCUUCCGUUCCCUUGAUUUUCUAUGGAGGGAGGUAUUUCUCUGAUUGGAAAAUAAAGUACUUGAUUGGUGGGAUCUGCCUGAGGCAUUUGAUGUGCCGUUGGCUGUACCAGG